AAAUAUACCCGUUAGUUACAAUGGAACUGUCAAAGAUCUCCAUUACCCUUCUCAUUAUUGAAGCUCUGUUCAUCUCCCACAUACAAGUCCAGGCAGCCCCCGCAAACUCAAACCUCUUCAGAGAAUACAUAGGAGCUGAAUUCAAGAACGUUAAAUUUACUGAUGUUCCCAUAAACCAAAAUGUUGAAUUCCACUUCAUUCUUUCCUUUGCUAUAGACUAUGACACCUCAGGCUCCCCUUCUCCUACCAAUGGAAAAUUCAACAUCUUCUGGGACUCUAAUAAUCUCAGCCCCUCCCAAGUGUCAUCCAUCAAGAACACCCAUUCAAACGUGAAGGUGGCCUUGAGCUUAGGAGGGGACAGUGUAGGGAAUGGCUUUGCUUUCUUCAGCCCCUCCUCAGUGGAUUCAUGGGUUUCUAAUGCUGUUUCUUCGCUCACAAUGAUCAUAAAGCAGUUCCAUUUGGAUGGGAUUGAUAUUGACUACGAGCACUUUAAGGCUGAUCCCAACACCUUUGCAGAGUGCAUCGGACGGCUCAUAACAACUCUGAAACAGAAUAAGGUAAUCUCAUUCGCUUCCAUAGCUCCAUUCGAUGAUGAUCAAGUUCAGAGCCAUUACUUGGCCCUUUGGAGGAAAUAUGGGAACCAAAUAGAUUAUGUAAAUUUCCAGUUUUACGCGUAUGAUAAGGGAACCUCUGUAUCUCAAUUCAUAAACUUCUUUAACACCCAAAGCUCCAAUUACAAUGGUGGUAAGGUGUUAGCAAGCUUUAUUAGCGAUGGAAGCGGUGGAUUAUCACCUGAAAAUGGGUUCUUUACAGCCUGCAAUAGUCUCAAGAAUCAGCAAAAACUUAAUGGUAUCUUUGUUUGGUCCGCUGAUGACUCCAAGGCAAAUGGUUUCCGCUACGAGAAGCAAUCACAAGCACUUUUAGCAGCUCCUUGAUAUAAUCCUAACCUAUUUAUUAUAAUGAGAUAAGAUGAUAUCUAAGUAGUACAAUUUGAAUAAGGUUCCUAUCUCUUAUAGUGGGACAAGUUGAGUAGUAGUCUUUAUUUAUUGUUAUCUUGUAUUGCUAUAUGAUGAGUCUGCUAGCCUUUUUGUAUAUUUAAAGGAAUGAUUAUGGAAUAAAGGAUAUGUUGAAUUU